GAAAUGAAAUUUUCAACCCUCCCUCCAAUCAAUAUGUUUCAAAUAAUUUGAUUGAAUCCCACAUAGAAUUUUGUAGGUUUUCUUUGAAAAAUCUUUUCCUAUAAAUAGGAAUAGACUUUCAUAAUCUUCUCAUCUCAAGCUUUCAAUGAGACUCUUUCUUAUAAGAGGAGAUUCUUGAAAUAAGAAUUUUUAGUCAAAAUUUUGAAAUAUAUUUAUAUACAUAUAAGAAAGAAAGAAAGAAAAUAGAAAAAAAAAAAAAAAAAAGGCCGGUUCGACCCUCCCGACUGGGUCUGGGUCACCAGUUUUCGCCAAUUUUGUUCCCACUCCGGGUUUAGGGGGUUGACCGACCGGAACAAGGCCCGGUUCUUAGUCCAACCGGUCUGACCGGCCGGUCCAGUCCGGGUUUGAAAACAUUGGUAUGAAAUACAAACCUUACAUAGAAGCAAAGAAAGCAGAAGAUCGGCCUGAUGAAGAAGUUGCAGAUGAGCACUGGCGAAAUCAUCUAGCUCGCAAUGACUCCAUCAUAGUUGAUGUGUGCCAGGGUCAAUACCGUUCAAAAUUGGUUUGUCCAGCUUGCAAGAAAUUAUCCAUUACAUUUGAUCCAUUCAUGUAUCUUUCGUUACCACUACCUUCAACAACAAUGCGCUCAAUGACUUUGACAGUCAUGAGCACUGAUAGGAGUACUUUGCCAUUUCCAGUCAUUGUAACUGUACCAAUGUCAUGACCUCAAACCGCCCCUAGUAGUUUGGUGCCGUGAUGGCCAGUAAUCCGAGAUUACCGAAGGCCAGCCUACAAGAUUCACACAUAUUCAGAGUACAAUUAUAUGGGGCUAACAAGCACGGAAGUGAUUUAUACAAACAAAUUAGUCCAUAAGAGCUGUGCUUAAGUCAAACGAGAUGGCAACCAUUUGCAUAUGGGUUAUGACUUAAUUACAAACAAAGCAAAGUGCAAGUUACAUUUUUCAUAUUAACAAAAGGGCUUCACAAGCCGACAUGAACAAAAUACAAGAAAUACGGCUAGAAGCAAAAUCUUCAGAAUUGCCGAUCUCCUCACUGCCGACAUAACAAGUAUACAAAACACGCAUCUUGAUCAAAAGGCUUCUCAAGCCGACGUAUGCAACAUACAAGUAUUACA